AUGGCUGCUGUUAUUAAUGAAUAUGGGACCAACAUGUUUAAGUCAAAGUUUGAUCCUUUAGCUGCAAUUGAAGCCAAAAGUGCUAUUUGCAGUGGCAAGAAGCAAGGAGUAAACCUGGACACAAUUACUGAAGAAUCUGACUUUAAGGAGGAAAGUCUGAAAGAGCUGGAUAAGGAAAAAAAUGAUAACAUCUCUCAGAAAAGUCCAGAGGUGGAGAUAUUCAAAGAGACUACUGUUCUGGUGGAAGAGGAGGGGGAAAGUCAGGGAGUGCAGCCAAAAAUAGAGAAUCCUGCAGAGAAACCUAGAGGAGGCCAUCAGAGGCAAAGUGAGAGGUUGAAACAGCAAGGCUUGAAUCAUGUCAAAACCACAGAUAAAGUUGAAGCUCUUACCAUGAAGAAAAAUCUGGAAGGACUGCAGAAGGAUGGGGACAAGGAGGCGCUGGAAGCAGGAGCAGAAGCUCUGAAGAACGCGGCGCUGUUUUUCCAUCCUGGCGACGCUACUACACCAGACAAUGGCAUAGUUCUGCUGCACUGAAGACUGACGCGGCUACCUCCUGCGUUUCUCCUACCCAUGGCGUUUUCUGGUGUUCUACCAGUUGGUCACUGCCAGGCAACACCUGUGUUAGCCUUGUAGUAGGCGUAGUACUCCAUGCUUGUGGGGCAUGACUGUCUUUUCAGCGUCUUAAACUGCUUCCUAGAUGGAUCUGAUGCCCUAUGUGCAGAAAUUUCAUCCGGAGUAGUUGUCUGUGUCCUGUUUUCUCUCUCAAA